UGGGUGUAUAGCAGACAGAAGCUCAGAAGCACUCAGGAUGCGCCUCCUGGCCUGUUUCCUCUGCACACCCACCCCCAGCUCUGCUGUGAGGUUUCCCUCAGAGAGGAUGCGCUCUUGGUAGCUGGCUUUCAUGUUCAAGAUGAGCACAUGCUGCUCAAAAGCAUGUCUGCCUCUGGAUGCUCCUUGCAGCAGCGCUGUUCAGCAGCUGCAGCCUAACUGCUCCCCAGGGGAGCGAGGCACAGCCCGGCCUAUGGAACCGCGAGGGAUUGUCAAGGCCUUUCCCAAGAGGAAGAAGGUGAGAGAUGACUCAGGGAAAAGCGUCCCUCCAAAGAUCCCAAAAGAAGGAGCGGAGGAGCCCGAGGCGGAGUGGCUGAAACCAGUCGCUGCCUACGUGUUGCAAGCUAGCAUUGGCCAAGCCAGGGCAGAGAUAUUCCACAAGCAGAUUGUCCAGAAUGGGGGAUUUGUACACAGCCGUCUCUGCUCGGAGGUGACGCACGUCAUUGUAGCUGAAGAUAUGGACUGUGAUCGGGCCUUCCGGCUCCUCAAAUUAGCCAAGCUGCCUUCGAGGUUGCAGCUGGUGAAGGCAUCCUGGCUCAGUGAUUGCAUUAGAGAUCAGAAGCUGCUGAAUACCGCUGGCUACAGUGUCUUUAUCCCUCGGAGGUAUCGGGAAGAGGGAGAACAGCAGCAGCAGCAGUUCCUGGGCAGUGAAGAAAUCCAGUCCUCAACAGAGGGGAGUGCAGCAGAACCAAAUGUUAAAGCACAGGUGGGGGAUUCCUCGCAGCAAAACCCGGGCAGCCUUGCACAGCAGCAACCAUCUGAGAAAGUCUAUGAUGAUGAAGACAGCGAAGGAGAAGAUGCUAGUGUCACUCAGGGAGAUCUGGAAGCACUGAUUUCUGGCCACUAUCCUGUGAAAUUGUCAGAGGAGACCAGCGGCAGCUCUUCCGCAGUGGCCCAGCCUGUCAGCAAGUGGGUUUGUGCACAGUCCUCCCACAGCAAGAAGGAGAAUCACAACCAGUGCAUCACAGAGAAGCUGGAAGUGCUGGCAAAAGCCUAUUCUGUCCAGGGGGACAAGUGGAGAGCUCUGGGCUAUGCUAAAGCCAUCAAUGCACUCAAAAGCUACCACAAACCAGUCACCUCCUACCAGGAAGCCUGUAAAAUUCCUGGGAUUGGGAAGCGAAUGGCAGAGAAGAUCCUGGAGAUCUUGGAGAGUGGACAUCUGCGCAAGCUGGAUCAUAUCAGUGAGAGUGUGCCUGUACUGGAGCUAUUUUCCAACAUCUGGGGAGCAGGAGUCAAGACAGCUCAGAUGUGGUACCAGCAGGGCUUCCGGACACUGGAUGAUAUCCGCACCAAGGCGUCUCUCACCAGCCAGCAAGCCGUGGGCCUGAAGCACUAUGAGGAUUUCCUGGAGCGCAUGCCUCGGGAGGAAGCUGCAGAAAUAGAGCAGACUGUCAGACAAGCAGCCCUGGCCUUGAAGCCUGGGCUCGUGUGUGUGGCAUGUGGCUCCUACCGUCGGGGGAAGGCCACCUGCGGAGAUGUGGACGUGCUGGUCACUCACCCAGAUGGUCAGUCUCACCGUGGGCUGUUCAGCAAGCUGCUUGACAACCUCCACGAGAGCGGCUUCCUUACAGAUGACCUGGUGAGUCAGGAGGACAAUGGUGAGCAGAAGAAGUACCUGGGGGUGUGCCGCCUUCCUGGGCCGGCCCGUCGUCACCGACGUCUGGACAUCAUCGUGGUGCCUUACAGCGAGUUUGCCUGCGCCCUGCUCUACUUCACCGGCUCGGCCCACUUCAACCGCUCCAUGCGUGCCCUGGCCAAGACCAAGGGCAUGAGCCUCUCAGAGCAUGCCCUCAGCAUGGCUGUGGUGCGAGGCCCUCGUGGUGUCAAGAUGGCAUCAGGCCACGUUCUGCCCACCCCGACCGAGAGAGAUGUCUUCACUCAGCUGGGGCUGCCUUACCGAGAGCCCUCGGAACGGGACUGGUGACGCCGGUUGUCACCCAGCACCCCGAGCUGUGUUGAUGUUUUGAGGGGUGCUGGCUUCUCCGGUGCUGUUCUGUGGUGUCUGUGAACUGGGUAACGUAUUGCAGCAAACUGACUCCUUGCAAACCGGGGCCCUGCUGCUAGCAGAGCUUUGUGGCUUCACCCAGCAGAGGGCGUGGACUGGAAGGGCUGCCCGGUGUCACACGUCUGCUUGUGCCCGGCUCUCAGGCAGCCCCUGGCUACUGAAGGGGCUCACUGCCCAUCAGCUAAUCCUGGCCUGGCUUUCCCUAGGGAAGCUCCAGAAGGCUGGCUUGGAGAGCGUUAUGACAAAAGCCCUCCUGGUGCUUGGGAAGUGGGGAAGAAGGAUGCAUCUUCCUCUCAGUGUGAGCACAGAUGCUCCCAUAAUCUCUGUCCUGAGCUGUGUAUGAAGGCAGCAGGGGUCUGGCCUGGCCUGGAAACGAGCCCCUUUUCUCUGCUUACUGCUGCUGGCAUCUGCUGCUGUGAGAACUGCUAAGGUCUCCCUGUGCUGCUGCUAUGUCUUCUCUCUGUCUGACUUGUGUUGUCCGGUGGGUCUCCUUGCACAGUGCCAGGCAGCUUCCCCUGGAGCCAGGCGAGCCCUGAGGAAUGUGUGAAAACCCAUUGUGCUCCAUCUACAUGUUCUCAGUCCAUCAUGUGCUGAGCAUCCUGCAGUGCAGAGUGCUGUGAUCCUCCUGGCCUGGGCACAAGGGCUCCUUUCCCCUCUGUGCAGGAAAGAAAUGGCCCCUUGGGCUUCAGGGUGACUGUGCUCAGGAUUGUAAUGAUGCUGAAUGUAACCUGCUAAGGCUGUGUGUUUGGUGCAUGCAAGGCAUGGAAGCAGAGAGAAGCACGGAUAAUUCAGUGUUAAUCUGGGCAAAGCAGAGCUUUCCCAUUUUUUGUGUGUGAUGACCAGGAAGUCACCUGGUCUGUAUUGAUCAGAGCCAGUGUGUGUGUGUAAACGUGCAGGUGUGCUAACCCCUUCUAUUCCAAGGGAGUGAAUUUUGUUUCUCAGGAAACCUCAACUAUUUUUAUAUUCUGGAGAUGAAUUUUGCGGAGGCUUUCAGUGCUCUGCAGCAUCAGCUGCUGGUGAGGCCAGGGUGUUCCUGCCUCAGUCUCUGGGGCUGAUCUGGCCUCACGCUCCCUUAUCUUGUAGGGGACCUGGCCACCCCCACUCUGCACUUUGCUGCAUCUUUGUCACGUGCAGGGAUGAGCUGUGUUUGCUGCCAGGGCAGCCAUUAGGGCAUCAAACCUGGUGGCUGCUGGGGACCUGCAGUGGGUGUUUGCUGGGGAGGACUCAAUCCAGGUGGUGUCUUUGGUCAGCCCAACCCUUCUACAGAACACCUGGUGGAAAUGAAUGUCUUCUGGCAUCUAUUGGUGCUUUGAAACAUGAAGUGUAAUAAAUCCUUUGUCUCUUUUUCAUCCAG